CUGCUACCUAACUGCCCCGAGCCAACCCAAACCCAACCCAAAAGGUAGUAGACUAGUAGUAGGAAAGAAAUAAAUAAGAGGAUCUUCCUCUUCUUCCUCCGUCGAUCACACAAGCACAGGCACAGGCAGCAUGGGGGGUUUCCGUUCUGUGUCGCCGCCGCAGGACGAUGCGCCCGCCGUGAGCUCUCCCCGCGAGGUGGCCUCCAUGUUCUGGGACGAGACCAAGCGCCUCUGGGCCAUCGGCACGCCCAUCGCCAUCAGCACGCUCGCCUCCUACUCCAUCAGCUCCAUCACCACCAUGUUCAUCGGCCACCUCGGCAACCUCCCCCUCGCCGCCGCCUCCAUCGCCCUCUCCGUCUUCAACUCCUUCGCCUUCGGCUUCCUCCUCGGCAUGGGCAGCGCCCUCGAGACGCUCUGUGGCCAGGCCUUCGGCGCAGGCCAGGUGGCCAUGCUCGGCGUCUACCUCCAGCGCUCCUGGAUCAUCCUCUUCGGCGCCGCGCUCCUCAUGGUGCCCGUCUACCUCCUCGCCGAGCCCAUCCUCCUCCUCCUCGGGCAGGACCCGCUGGUGGCGCGCUCCGCCGCACGCUUCACCCUCUACAUCCUGCCGGCCGCCUUCUCCUUCGCCGUCAACUUCCCCACCGGCAAGUUCCUCCAGGCGCAGAGCAAGGUGGCGGUGCUGGCCUGGAUCGGCGUGGCGGGAGUGGCCUUCCACGUGGCCCUGACGUACGUGCUGGUGACGGCGCUGGGGUGGGGGCUCCCGGGGGCGGCCGCGGCGUACAACGUGACGCAGUGGGGCGUGGCGCUGGCGCAGGCGGCGUACAUCAUCGGGUGGUGCAAGGACGGGUGGCGCGGGUGGUCGACGGCGGCGUUCCGCGAGCUGGGGGCGUUCCUGCGGCUGUCGGUGGAGUCGGCGGUGAUGCUGUGCCUGGAGAUAUGGUACCUGGGGCUCAUCACGGUGAUGACGGGGGACCUGGAGGACGCGCAGAUCGCGGUGGACUCGCUGGGCGUGUGCAUGAACUUCAACGGGUGGGAGGCGAUGAUCUUCAUCGGGAUGAACGCGGCCAUCAGCGUGCGCGUGUCGAACGAGCUCGGGUCAGGGAGGGCGAGGGCGGCCAUGCACGCGGUGGUGGUGGUGGUGGUGGAGUCGCUGCUCAUCGGCGUCGUGUGCAUGGCCCUGGUGCUGGCCUUCAGGGACAAGUUCGCGCUGAUAUACACCGACGACCUCGACCUCCGGCGCGCCGUGUCCAAGAUCGCCGGCCUGCUGGGGCUCACCAUGGUAAUGAACAGCGUGCAGCCGGUGCUGUCCGGGGUGGCCAUCGGCGGCGGAUGGCAGGGCCUCGUCGCCUACAUCAACCUCGCCUGCUACUACAUCUUCGGCCUCCCCCUCGGCUACCUUCUCGGUUACAAGUUCAACCUCGGAGCUGGGGGGAUUUGGGGUGGCAUGCUCUGUGGAAUCGGCCUUCAGACUCUCAUUCUGUUGAUUGUUGUCUGGAGAACAGACUGGAAGGCUGAGGCUGCGCAAGCUUCAAGUCGUGUGCACAAGUGGGGAGGCGCCGAUGAGACCAAACCUCUCUUGCAGGAGAAUUAAUUAACAAGACCGGGAUUUUCUUACUAUUCUGAUAUGUACCAGCAGCUUUCCCCCAUCUCUUUUUGUUAGCUUGUACACGCCUUUUGUACUCUUGCUCAUACCUGCUGGGCUCAUAAUUCUAUUGGACGUCACGUCGUGGUCUUCCCUUGCUGUUCUAUUCCCAGCAUUAGAUGCAGCAGUUAAGAGCUCACAAUGAUGCUUGAUUGCUUGCUUUACCCGUUACCCCGUAUAUGUAUUUAUACUACAAUGAAAUCAAUUACAAGUUCCCUAAUUGAUACGAAGCUUGCAUGAUGUUUCUUUCAUAUGGAAAUGAACG